AUGGACCCAUUACCUACAUCGGAAGAUAAACUACCAGCUGGUGCAGGGGCGACUAUCUCGGUCAUUGACUCGGCCAGCCUCAGUAACCUGCCCCUCGAGCCGUACUUUCACUGUGACCUGCCACGGCUUCAGCGCGUCACGGUGCCCGCCUUCUCAUUUGUCAUAACAAACCAACGGGGCCGCUCUGUCUUGUUUGACCUGGGUCUACGCAAGGACUGGCCCAAACUGCCACCGACUGCGGUGGCUGAGAUUCAUAACGACCAGUUGGGUAUUCAUUGCGAACAGGACGUGCUCGACAUCCUCGAGGCACACGAUUUUCCUAUUGAAAAUGUCGAGGCGAUUGUUCUGAGCCACCAUCACUUCGAUCACAUCGGUGAUCCAUCUCGCUUUCCCUCAUCGACCGCGCUGGUCGUUGGCCCCGGUGUGUGCGAGGCCCUGAUGCCCGGCUACCCAGACCAGGAAAUCUCGGAGAUAUUGACGUCUGAUUAUUCAGGCCGCUCUGUCCGCGAAAUCGACUUUACCUCGACAGACCUCUCCAUCUUAGGACUCCCAGCGCUUGACUACUUCGGCGACGGCUCUCUAUAUCUACUCAGUACCCCUGGCCACGCGGUGGGCCACAUGGCGGCUCUAGUUCGCACAACCAGCAGCCCUGACUCGUUCGUGUUGCUGGGUGGCGAUGCAUGUCAUCACUGCGGCGAGCUGCGACCUUCACCGGGGCAACCGAUACCAAUGAGUGCGCGGUCGUGCAUUACCGGUUUCCUUAACACCCAUUCCAACGACGGGUCGCAGCCAUUCUUCAAAAUCCAGCGAGAUGCGCGCUACGCUGCCUACUGCCAUAAUCCCGACGAGGCGGAACAGACUAUCCUUCGCCUGCAACGCUUCGACGCGCUUGACAACGUCUUGAUCAUCUUCGCACACGACGCUAGCAUCAAGACAGUCAUCGAUGAGUUUCCGGCGACGCUGAAUGACUGGCUCAUCAAGGGCUGGGGUAGUAGUUGCCGAUGGCGUUUUCUUCGGGAUUUUGAAGAAUAG